AUAUUGAGUUAAGAAGAAAAUAAACAUGGGUGGGAGAGUUUAGUCGGAGAAGAAAGAAUGGAGAAGAAGACGAAAGUGGUGGUUGUGGGAGGUACGGGCUACUUGGGCCAGCAUCUUCUUCAAGCUUUAGCCGGAGAUCGUUACGACGUCGCUUUCACUCACCACUCUUGUCCCCUUCCCCGCCUCUUGCUCGAGGCUUUCCCACAUUUUCCAUCGUUUCAUGUCGAUCUCAAAACCGGUCUUGGUUUCCAUUCCAUCUCCCACCACUUUGGUCAGCCCGACGUGGUCGUGAAUUGUGCAGCUCUCUCUGUUCCUCGAGUCUGUGAGCAAGAUCCAGAUUCAGCUCUCUCCAUCAACGUCCCUUCAUCCCUUGUUAACUGGUUAUCAUCAGCGUUUCCGACAAAAAACAAAACCCUGUUGAUUCAUCUCUCUACUGAUCAAGUUUAUGAAGGUGUCAAGUCUUUCUACAAGGAAGAAGACGAGACUCUCGCGGUCAACGUUUAUGGCAAAUCAAAAGUUGCAGCAGAGCUUCUCAUCAGAGAUAAAUGUCAAAACUUUGCUAUAUUGAGGAGUAGUAUCAUCUUUGGUCCUCAAACUCUAUCACCACUCCCUAAGAAUCUCCCAGUUCAGUGGAUGGAUAGUGUCUUACAGAAGGGAGACACGGUUGAUUUCUUCCAUGAUGAGUAUCGUUGUCCCAUUUAUGUUACGGAUCUCGUUAGCAUCAUCUUGAGGUUAAUUGACAGAUGGGUUCUCUCAGAUGAUAAACAGAUGCGGCUUCUUUUGAAUGCUGGUGGACCGGACAGACUCGCUCGUGUUCAAAUGGCGGAAGUGGUUGCACAAGUCAGAGGACACGAUCUUUCCUUGAUUAAACAUGUUUCUGCUUCAUCGGUUGAUCGAAGAGUGGUGUCACCAGCAGAUAUAUCAAUGGACAUAACUAAACUCAUUCAGACACUUGACAUCUCCCCAACUUCUUUCAAAGACGGUGUUAGAUUAACGCUUCAGUCCGAAUCUCGUUCCCAUAUCCUCUCGUAACAUUGUUCCCUUAUGACUUCCUUACCUACCGCUGCUUCUUUCCACUCCAUAAAUUUCGGUUAAUAAAACCAAAUAUAAUAUGAAUAAAGGAUUGAAACGGUUCUGGUUUUAUUGUUUACUUUUGUUUUGUUGUUUUACAACUAA